UACUUUUAAACGGCUAUAAUGCACAUCGGAACAUACAGGCAGCGUGUGGCAUGACUCAGGAAGUGGUGAUGAAAUAACAAAGGUAGAGAAAGCAGAAGUGUGUCUGGCACAGUUAGAGAGACACAGAACAUUCGACUGAGAAAAUGGAAUCCCUGAGCAGCAGCAACAACAUCACCAGCAACUGCUCCUUUGAAAAAGUGGACCACCUGAUGCAAUAUUUGGAGCUCGUCAUCUACAUCCCCAUAUUUGUAUUUGGUUUGAUGUUCACAGUUGCUGCGCUGUUCGUGUUCUGCAUCUUUCUGCGAAAAUGGACUGAGUCAACUAUUUACAUGACCAAUUUGGCUCUGAUGGACCUGCUCCUCCUCUUUCUUCUUCCCUUCAAAAUGCAAGCCACCAAUAACCGCUGGUCUGCCUACCGCCAACCUCUCUGUUCUGUCUUGGAAAGCCUGUAUUUUGUUGGGAUUUACGGCAGUAUCUACACCAUCAUGUGUAUAGCUGUGGACCGUUGGAUGGCUAUCUGUCACCCGUUCAAAGCCAAGCAAAUACGCUCACCCACAGCAGCUCUGGGGAUCUGCGUCGGGAUCUGGGGGCUGGUGCUGGCAGUGAUCUUUCCAACCACCUACAGUUUUAGGGAGGCCGAUCACAAAGACUUCCACUGCUUCCACAGGUUUUCUAAGAAAGGCUGGAAGCCUGUGGUGAUCAUCUGUGUGCAGGUGUUUGGAUUCCUGGUUCCUGCACUGGUGGUGGUCUACUGUUCAGUCAGGACCAUCUGGACGCUUCACAAGUCUGGGCAGCACAGCCAGCAGAGCCGGGCCUGUGUGAAGAUCAUCGUCAGCAGUCUGAGUGCCUUCCUGGUGCCUUUCACCCCCAGCCACCUGGGCAUCCUCCUGCAGUUCCUGGUGCACCAAAGUGUAAUUCAAGACUGCAGUGCGCAGGUCAGCAUAAGCCUCUUCAUACAGAUAACUAUGUGCCUUUCCAACAUCACUUGCUGUCUGGACGGCCUGUGCUACUACUUCAUUGCUCAUGAGGUGAGGAGCACCAGAAACACCUUCAGGUGGUCAGUGACGAGCCAAAGAAGGCCCACCUUCAGCACUUCCGAGCACUGAACAUGGGACAAAGUCAGUUCAAAUUAAAAUAUAAUUUGUCCUCAGAGGACUUCUGGUAGUGAAUACAAGAUCUGGCUUCUUUAGCUUCUGGGCAGAGCACUGAAACUGCAAAAGGGACAGGAUUGUUUCCAGUGGCUGUUAGGCAAAUGGGGCAAGCGCUAAAUAAAACCAACGUGUGGAAAUAAAGCAGGUCAGAGUGCAAUCCGAACUUACCAGAGUGCUGUCGGCAAAGCUAAAAUGUAGCAUGCAAAGAAAAUCUGUCACGACUGAUUUGUGAUUUGGUCCAGCGACAGGAAGCCUGUAGGCACAUUUGUAACCUCAAGCAAUCAAGAUGGAGGGUGCAGAAGAAAAACUACCAACAAGCCACAAAGUGACUUAUUUCUAGAAUGAUUUAAGAACAAGCUGGUGAGUGAUGGCUUAAAACACUCAAAAGUCACCCAGUCUUACACAGUGACAAUGAGUGAGAAACCGAUGCAGGGUAUUAGAAUUAAUUUUAAAACUGGGCACAAUCAGCUCACGGCAGAGCUUUGUAGGCUGCCGUAUGUGCUUCAGAAGUCAAAUCAAAGAUAUGUAAAAGGUCAGUUUUGGAUCAGUUUUGUUUCUGCUUACUUCUGAUAAGACGACUAAUUAUUAUGAUAAUCAUAGGUUUUAUUUAUAUAGCCUCCUAUACAAAAAAUAAGAUUUACAUAAAAUGAAAACUUGAAACAAGUAAAUAAUUAAAACUGAAACAAAUGAAGCCUAAAGAUUUAGUCAAUUAUUACUUUGAAAAGACACCAACCAGUUGUGAUCAUGAAACACAUGACUGUAAUUAACUAUUAUUCAUUAAUGACCAUCUAAAAGUACUUUUUUAUGACAACAGAUUUUUAUAAGCUUUAAAUGACACGCUAAACAUAUUGUUACUGUCUUAAUUGUUGAUGCUGUCUUACUUUGGUUCUUUGGCCCACUGUUUUUGGAAAUAUUACUCAAUUUAGCACAUGAAUUCUGGAUAUUCUGACAUGUUUAUUUGAGUCAACAGAACUUGAGACUUCCUUUCAUCCUGUAACUGUUAUCAAAGCCUGUUGAUGAGGGACAAAGAUUUUCAAUUUGUAAACACUGGCUGAUGAAUGCAGAUGUUUGUUUUUAUUUGUUCUUGCCUACCAGCUUCCUUAAACUCACCACAGUGUAUAUACAUAUCAUGCUAUUGGUCAUUACAUCUGUACAUAUCAUAUUGUAUAUUCUUUUUAUUUGGAUUUUUUGCGUUUAAUUUUAUUUUUAUAAUGGAGCUGCACAUGUGCAAUAAUGUUAUUAAGAUUGUUAGAAGCCACCUGUCAGUGUCAGUGGUCUGGUUCCUGUAGCACAUAACUGUUGUUGAAACUGUUUUGAUAUUAGUGUGUUUACAGGCGCACAUCUGAUUUAUGCGAACGCAGUCAAAACCAAACCUAAAUGGAAAGUUGCCCAUGCGGUGCACUUAGCCGCUAUCUGUCUUAUUUUGCUCAUAUUGAAUAGAUUUAAACCUGUACAAAAGUGAAAGUUGCUCCUAAGCAUAAACAGCAUGUGAUUCUACUGUUAUUAAUACUAUUUUUAUAGUGUAAAAUAAGUUGUGUAAAGCUCUAUUUGUAAAACUAGACACAAAUCCUGAAACCUGUCAUGUUUUGGUUUACUGGCAUUACUUUGUGUCUUUGAUUUUGCACUAGCCUUCUCUUUAUUGAAAGUCACACUUCAUUGCUUGUAUUUAAUUUAGUUUAAUUUCUGUUAUUUUAUGUUCUGUUCUGGUCAUUUUUCCUCAAGUGAAAACUAUUUUUGUGAGACCGUAGUGCUUUUAAUCACCAAAGUGGAACCGCUUGCAGGUCUAAUGUUUUUCUGUUCUUCUGUAAAGUAAAGAAAAAAACAAAAAGAUGUAAAAUGUGAAACGAAUAUUUUGAUAGGACAAAGCUUUUGACGGGAGGAUAAUGUAGAUUUUGCUGACCCACAGAAUGUGUUUGUAUUUUUGCACCAUGUCCUUUACUUUUCCUCCGGUUGUGUUCUGAAACGUAAACUCAGCUUUACGGUAUGACACAUCACAUGGAAGUAUUUCUUUACACUCACCUUUUUAUCAACAAUUUGCAACACAUUAAUUCUGAAACCAAAUCUUCCUCAUCCACGCUUAAGUGAAUAAUGCAUCUAACCACAAGAGGUUCAUCCUGUGACGCGUGUUACAUUUACCACAAUGAAACUGCAGUUUUCUGUUGUCAAAAACAACUGUCCAUGAAUAUGAAACAAUACAUCCCUCAGAACCUGAACCAAUCAGA